UCUACUUACUAGUUCUUCAGAGAGGAAAUGCAAUGUCUGCCUUUAGGUGCAAUUUCAGAUCCUUUUUGAGUCUCUCUUAUUCCCAGUAUGCUUGCUGCCUGUUUGUUACCUAGCACGUAGCUGAAUUAGCCAGCACAUGGUAAUUAACCUAACAAGGUAUUACUGCUACAGGUCUUCCAGCACAAUACUGUUCUUCGAGAUGUUUUAGAUAUUUGUCUUACAUUUUUCCACACCCAAACAGACAUACAUAUUCUCCAGCCCAAAGGAAGACUAGCACUGGCUUUAGAUACACCAUACAGAGACAUUUGUGCAACUUCUUAUUCACAGCACUCUGAAAAAAAGGAUGGUGUUUCUCUGUAUACCCAGAACUAUGACCCUAAUGGUUUUAGCUAUGCUGUACCUAAGAUACCAACCAGAAAUAGCCUAUCAGCCAUGGUGUUCCUAUGUAAUAUCCGUAUUUGUCCUAAUAGGGCAGCCUGAACUUGGACAAAUCCCAUCUGCCCUUGUGACGUGUAAUGUCUGAGCUCUUCUGGGAAGGAGCCCGGGCUUUAUCUGCCCAAAAUCAGCAAUGUGGUGCAUCCUGAAAGGGCAGAUGGGAUAGAUGGAGGCUGCUGGAGGCUGCUGAGCCAGCCAGAGUGCUGGGGCAUGUCCACAUGGCAGGUGCAUAGCGUAAUGUCCAUGCUGUACUACACUCUGAUUAUAGCUUUUUUCAUCGGCACACAGGCAGCUCCAAAGUCAGAAGACAAUGCUCCACUGGAGUAUCCUGCAGAACGCUCCCUACCCAAAUCCCACCAGAGUAACGGACACCACAAUUCCAAGGCAGCUCCACAGACAACCCACAGCCACCCUACUUGGACAAUAGGUAGAAGAGAAGAUAUAAAUAUUACCAUGGACCCAAGUUUAUUUAAGAAGAAGCGUUUCCGGUCUCCUCGGGUCCUGUUCAGCACACGGCCCCCUCCGGUAUCAGGGCAAGGACAGAAUAUGGGACAGCUCAGCAGUGCAGUCUCUCUCAACAGGACUGCCAGGACCAAGAGGACAGCGCAUCCUGUAUUGCACCGGGGAGAGUUCUCAGUGUGUGACAGUGUCAGCAUGUGGGUUGGGGACAAAACCACAGCCACUGACAUCAAAGGCAAAGAGGUGACAGUGUUGGGAGAGGUCAACAUUAACAACAACAUUUUUAAACAGUACUUUUUUGAGACUAAGUGCAGGGAGCCUAAGCCAGUCUCCAGUGGGUGCCGAGGGAUUGAUGCAAAGCACUGGAACUCUUACUGCACCACAACACACACCUUUGUCAAAGCACUGACAAUGGAGGGCAAGCAAGCAGCCUGGCGGUUUAUUCGAAUUGACACAGCCUGCGUGUGUGUGCUUAGCAGGAAGUCAGGGAGACCCUGAGAUGGAGCUAAACCCUACGACAACAUCCUCCUAACCCCCUACCUCAGCUUGUAAAUUAUUUUAAGUUAUAAAAGGACUGCAUGGUGUAUUUAUAGUUUAUACAGUACAGAAAGAACUUCAUUAUUUAUUAAACUCUCUUGGAAAUCUUUU